CUCGGAGACAGAACAGUCAGUGCAGGGAAUCUGACAGAAUGAAAUUCUUCCUAUUUACCGUGAGCACCGCCCUCUUGUGCUCCCACGCCCUCGCUGCGAGCAGCUACUUGGGACUUGCCCACGGGACGCCACUCGGAGGAUUUUCGCAACACGGUUUCAUCCCCGGUGGUCUUUAUAACAACGGUGCAUCCCUUGUCAACCACGGACUACCACUGGGACAUUUACCAGGACCCAGAUACGGAAAAUAUGGAGGCUACUUGGAUUUCGCAUACGGCACUGGUGCACAUUUUGGAAAUCCAUACGGAAAAGCAAGCUUUCUUAAAUAUUUAUACGGAAACCGCCUAGGUCCUUGCCAACUCGUACGGCGCUCUACCAAAUGUUAGAGUCGGUGGAGUUAGCGAGGCUGAGGAUGAAAGAUCGUCUGGCUCUGGGUCCAUCAAUCAAAAUGUGGAUUCCACUCGAACUGGAAUUCGUGGUUUACAUUCCAGUCCCAUUGCUGGCUUGGGUGGCUUCUCUUCCGCUCUUCUUCCUCACACUUCCAGUGUUGCUUUAGGAACAUACCCUUAUGCUCUUGGUCCUCACACUUCCAUUGCUGGUUUUGGAGGAUUCCCUUAUGGUGCUGGACAUCACAGCUCUGUUGCCUUUAGUGGAAUCCUCCCUAAUGUUGGAGCUGCAGGGCGCAUUCCCAUAUGGUCUUCAGCCUCACACCCCUAUUGAUCAUCUAGCUGGAUUCCCUUAUGGUGUUGGACAUCACUCUCCCAUUGCUGGAUUCCACUCAGGUCUUGGACCGUACGCUCAUAGUGGCAGACUCAACGCUGCUUUUGGGCAAAAUACCUCCAACGCUGCUUUUAGGUCUCGUACCUCAGCCAGUAUGUCCUCAGGGAACAAGGAAGCACAGAACGAGUAACCAGUUAAGACAGAAGAUAAGAUGAGAAUAAAAGACUUCCAAUA